GACAGGGGGAGCUCUCUCUUUCUCUUUCAUUUCCAUCGCCUACACGAGAUCGGCGAAUUGGUCGGCGUCCAAGCAUGGUGCACGUUUCCUAUUAUAGCAACUGUAAGUUUUCUUUACAAGAUCGAAGAAAAUUGAAGAAGAAGAAGAAGAAGAAGAAGAAGGGCAGUGACGAGAGACGACAAGCGACGACUAUCGAAAACCGAUAAGGAGAUGUCACCCGCAAACAAGAUGUUCAAAAAGCGUUACACGGCGCAGAUUGUGUUUUUCACCGUGCUUCAUAUGGCAUGUCUGGGAAAGAAAUGCUCCAAUUUGGCCGCGUGGAUGAUGUGAAUAUAAACGGAACUUGCCAUGUCUUGGAGGCUUGUGUUGAGCAUGGGGUUAAGAGGCUUGUUUAUGUGAGCACAUACAACGUUGUGUUUGGGGGUAAGGAGAUUAUCAAUGGCAAUGAAACCUUACCUUAUUUCCCUCUUGAUGAUUAUGUUGAUCCAUACAGCCGCAGCAAAUGUAUUGCUGAACAGUUAGUUCUAAAGAGCAAUGGGCGCCCUCUCAAGAAGAAGAAUGGAAAUCUCUAUACAUGCGCAAUUCGUCCGGCUGCUAUCUAUGGACCAGGCAAUGAUUUACAGGGUCUCCAGUCAACAGUUUUGAAUUCCUCCGCCCACUACUCCAGAGCCUGGAGUAUGACCUGCCAAAGCGGGUCAUUAGCUGUCUCUCAUGCUCUUGUUCUGGGAAGGAUAUUCCAGUUGGUCUACACUAUCUUAUAUCCAUGGUUGAACCGAUGGUGGCUUCCUCAACCAUUGAGGCUUCCUACUGAAGUGCACGAGGUUGGGGUUACUCAUUACUUCUCUUUCCUAAAAGCAAAGGAGGAGCUUGGCUAUGUCCCUAUGGUGAGUCCUCAGGAGGGCAUGGCCGCAACCAUAUCAUAUUUUCAAGAGAGGAAAAUAAGAAGUUUGGACGGGCCUACAAUAUAUACAUGGAUGUUUAGUGUAAUUGGAAUGACUUUGCUAUUUAUUGCUGCAUAUUGGCCAGCUUUCGGACUUGUGUCGCUUUUAAGAGAUUUCUGUCUCUUCUUCUUCCGGUCUAUGUGGGUAAUGAGAAUGGUGUUCAUUUUGGCUACAGCAGCUCAUAUUGGAGAGGCUAUGUAUGCGUGGCAUCUGGCAAAAAAAGUGGAUCCUUUGAAUGCAAGAGGCUGGUUUUGGCAGACUCUUGCGCUUGGGGUUCUUUCAUUGCGUUUCCUGUUGAAGAGAGCCCGGAAGUAAGUUGGAGCAUCUAUUGUUGAUAUAAUCUUUUUAGCAGCUGUAUUUAUUACUGUAUAAGGGCAGUUCCUUCAUAGGCAGUAAAAUAGGACACAGCUAGGGGUUUAGAUUUUUUUGGUAGUGUUGAAAAAUGUGAUCAGAGAUCCUCUUUUUAUUUCUAUGAACAACCACUGUGUCUCUAUCAAAGGAGAUUUGAUUUGAUUUGAUUUGA